AUGUUCAGAAAUAGUUUUAAAUAUUACAAGAGUCGAAAUCCUUGUCCCGAUUUAAAAGAUGUAAUUGAUUUAGAUAAGCCCGAUUAUAACGAAGUACGUAAUAAAUUGCGAAAAUCAUCAUGCUUUAUGUAUAUAAAUUCUGUACAUAAAUGCUUUUCAGGUUAUUGAUUUUAGAGGGAAGUUACUUAAUGAACAAUGUGAUCAUGAAUUAGGUUUAAGACCAGUGAAAGAUUGGAAAGUCUUCGAAUUUCGAAAUAUACCAGGUCUUAUUUUCAUAAAAAAUCCAUUUACAAUAUAUGGGCAACGAUAUUGGAUUAUAAAAUGCUUAAAAGAGUACUCCAGAAAGCCACAUAAAUCAAACUUAGAUGCUCAUAACAUUUUAAAUGAUGAUGAAGAUUGGUGGGAUAAAUGUUUUGGAAACUCUAAUAAAAAUGAAGAAUUAUUACCAAAAUUAAGAUGGGUAACAUUUGGUUAUCACCACAAUUGGGAUACAAAAUUAUAUUCUGAAUCAUCCAAGACAAAAAUGCCUACUGAAUUAUCUUUGCUGACUUCAUUUUUAGCACAAACAUUGGGUUUUAAGGAUUUUAAAGCUGAGGCAGCAAUUAUUAAUUAUUACAGAAUGAAUUCAACUUUAUCAGGUCAUACUGAUCAUUCUGAAGUUAAUGUGGAAGCACCCUUAUUCUCUAUAAGUUUUGGUCAAACUGCUGUAUUUUUAAUUGGAGGACUUACACAAGACGAUGCAGCUAAUGCCAUGUUUCUACAAAAUGGAGAUAUAAUAGUGAUGUCAGGAAAGUCCCGUUUAAGGUAUCAUGGUAUACCAAAAAUUUUACCAGCUACCAAUGCACCAUGGGAUAACAAAGAAACAAGUGUCAAUAAUCAAUACUGUAUAUGGAAUCAAGAUGAUUGGAAUAAAGCAAAAACUUACAUUUCUGAAGCUAGAAUAAAUAUGAAUAUAAGACAAGUGUUGAAGCCUGGACAAUGGUCCUUAUAG